CGGUCGCCGCGGUCGGGCCGGAAGGAAGCGGCUGCGCUGGGAGGGAGACCCGGAACCGCGGCACGGUGGGCCAGCCACACCCCCGGAUUUAAAGGGGCCCCAGGCGGAUCCCGGGCCGGGCCGGGCCGGCCAGAACGAGAGUAGGGAGAGUAGCGAGCGGCCUGUAGGAGGGUAUGAGGCGCUGUCCCUGCCGGGCGCCGCCGGCUACCGAGGCGCGGAGACGGCGGAGCCGAGGUCCGGGGCCCGAGGGGGGCGGGCUUCCCCCGCCAAGGGAUCGGCCGGACUCCGCCGAGGCCCGAGGGACACUGGAUACUGCCGGUACUGGGGACCGGUCCGACACUGCUGGGGCCCAAAGGACGCUGGACACCGCCGGGGCCUGGGGGAUGCUGGACCCUGCCGGAGUCUGGGGGACGCUGGACACUGCCAGGUCCGGUGAUCGGCCGGACACUACAGGGCCCCAGGAGUCGCUGGAUAGAGCUGGGCCCCAAAGUACACUAGACACUGCAGGGCGCCAGAGGACCCUGGACACUGCUGGAGCCCAGGGCCUGGAGAACAGAAACCAGCCCCAGGGAACACUGGACACCGCCUUGGCCUGGAAUCAGCAGGACCCACAGGGUCCUGAACCUCAGCUUCCCCUCCCUGGGGCUCCAGAUCAGCUAGACAUAGCUGGGCCCCAGGGGCCAUUGGACACCACCAAGGCCCAAGGUAAUCUAGUUAAAGUUGGGCCCCUGGACCAGAGGAACAAAGACUUGCCCCAGAAGACAUUGGACAUUGCUGGGACCCAGGAUCAGCAGAUCAGAGCUGGGCCUCAGAGGUGGUUGGAUGAUCCUGGGCCUCAGGAUCAGCUGGACAGAGCUGGGCCUCUGAGGAUGCUGGUCACUACCAGAGCCCAGGAUCAGCUGGACAGGGCCAGGCCCUGGGGACAACCAGGCACAGACAUCCCUGAGCCUCAGCCAGAUAGAGAAGGAUCUCAAGAAUGGUCAAAGAGGGCUGUUCUCAAGGAUGGGCAGGACAAAGAAGGCCUCCAGGGACAGCUGAAUAGAACUGGGUCCUGGGAAUUACAAGACAGAGACAGUCUUGAGACUGGGUUGGACAGAGAAAACCCCCAGGGAGGACCCUACAGAGACAGCCCUAGAAUAAGGCCAGAGGCUGAUGGCUCUCCAGAUCAGCCAAACAAAGACAGCCACCAGGUGAUACCUAGCAGAGCUGGGUCCUGGAGAUGGAAAGAUGGAGAGAGCACCAAGGCUAGGCUAGACAGAAAAUGCCCUCAGGGACAAAUGGACAGAUCUGGUCCCUGGGAUCCCUGGGACAAAGAUGGACCCCAGGUGAGACAUAGCAGAGGUGUCUCCCCAUUAAGACCAGAGAAUGCUGGCUUUGGGGAACAUUCAGGGACAAAUGACUGUCAAACAAAAUUGACCGGAGAUCACCACUUGACUCUAGGGCAACCAGAAAAAGAUAUCCCAAAUCCUCAGGCUGAGAGAACAAGGUGCUGGGGACAGACAGAUGAAAGUAUCCCCCAGGUAAGCCAAGAGAAAGCAGGUCUCUGGGAACAACUGGACAGACACUACUCAGAAGCACAAGGGCCUGCAGAACAGUCUAACAGAGAUGUUGCCCUUGACUGUCCAGAGAGAGAUGGCUUCUGGGAAAAGCCAGAUAGAAACAUUUCCCAGGUCAGUCCAGAGAGAGAUGGCUUUUGGACACUGAACAGAGACACCCUCCAAGGUUGGCUGGGCAGAGAUGAUCCAGAGAGGGACAAUCUUUGGGAACAACUGGAUGGAGAGGGCCUUGCAUCCCAGCCAAUUGGUGAGGAUCUCUUGGGAAGUCUGGACAAGAUCACUCUUGGGAGGCCCACGAGAGACAGAUCGGAGGCACAAUCAGAGAACCAUGACUGCUAUGGGCAGCUGGACAGUGAGGGAAGUCCUCUGGGGAGGCUGGACAUCUUCCAGGGGCAGCCAUCUAGAGACUUCCCUCCAGUGAGGCCUGAGGACAACUUUUGGGGACAACCAAGCUGUUCAGGCAGACAUAGCUCUGUACCAUGGCCAGAGAAAAAGGGACUUCUGGGGCAACACAUUGGUGAUGUCCCUUGUAAUCAGGCCAGUGAAUAUGGACUUCCCACAGUGCCAGAGAGAGCUGGCUUUGGGGGACAGCUGGAUGGAGAUGCCUCCAUGGGACAGUUGGAUAGAGAGAGCACUCAGUUACAGCCAGACGGCGAUAACUCUCUGGUGAGGCCAGGGAGACCCAAUAUCUGGUCACAGCCCCAUAGAUAUGGCCCUGAGGUGCAACUAGGAGGCGAGGGUCUGCUGGGACAGCUGGACAGCAAGAUCACUCAGGGGCAUCCAAGCAGAGAUGGUCUCCUGGUGGGAACAGAGCCAGCUGGCUUCUGGGUGCCAAUGGAUGGGGAUAUUGGCACUGUGGAGCAGCAGGACAGAGAAGACCCUGAGGUGGGGCCCAGUAGAGAUGGCUCUGUUGUAAGGCCAGAGACAUCUGGUAUCUGUGAACAAUUGGCCAGAAGUGGCUCUGAGCCCAAGCUAGACCAAGAUGGACACCUGGUUGCUUUGGACAACAACUUCUCCCCAGGGCAGGUGGUCGUAGGAGGUCCAGGAGAGGCUUUGGAAUUCCUUCUGCUUGAGGAGAGAUGCCACUCCCUGCUCUCCAGGGGCCUACAGGGUCCCGUGCCUCGAGUGAUCAUUACCUCUGAGCCUGGGACUGGACUACUGUGCAGAGAGCAAGAAGGCCCUUCCAUCCAUCCCGUGGGAUCCCCAGCCAGAGGCCCUGGAGGCAGUGGCGGCCUGUCGUCUGCUUCAUCCUUCGAUGAAUCUGAGGACGAUGUGGUCAUCGGGGGUGGAGGCAGCAGUGACCCGGAGGAGGGACCUAGGAACAUGCCCUGGAGGAAGCUGAAGACGGCUGUGCACUGUUCCCCCUUUGUUGUCUCCUUCAGAAAGCACUAUCCCUGGGUCCAGCUUUCCGGACACAAGGGGAACUUCCAGGCUGGGGAGGAUGGGCGGAUCCUGAAGAGAUUCUGUGAAAGUGAACAGCGAAGCCUGGAACAGCUGAUGGGAGAUACUCUCCGACCUUUUGUGCCUACCUAUUAUGGGGUAGUGGAGCAGGAUGGAGAGACCUUCAACCAGAUGGAGGACCUGCUGGCUGACUUUAGUGCACCUUCCAUUAUGGACUGCAAGAUGGGCAGUAGGACAUACCUCGAGGAAGAGCUAGCAAAGGCUCGAGAGCGUCCCCGGCCUCGUAGAGACAUGUAUGAAAAGAUGGUGGCUGUGGACCCCAGUGCCCCAACCCCAGAGGAGCACGCCCAGGGUGCUGUCACCAAGCCCCGCUACAUGCAGUGGCGAGAGACGGUGAGCUCGACUGCCACUCUGGGCUUCCGGAUCGAGGGCAUCAAGAAGGCCGAUGGGACCUGUAACACUAAUUUCAAGAAGACACAGGGGACAGAACAGGUCACCCGAGCCCUGGAGGACUUUGUGGAUGGUGACCGCAGCCUUCUGAGGAAGUACGUGGAACGUUUAGAAGAGCUUCGAGGAACCCUAGAAACCUCCCCCUUCUUCCGGACUCAUGAGGUGGUGGGCAGCUCACUUCUCUUUGUCCAUGACCAGACGGGCCUGGCGAAGGUCUGGAUGAUUGACUUUGGCAAGACAGUUCCCCUGCCUGCACCCCAGACUCUCAGCCAUCGGCUGCCCUGGGAAGAAGGCAACCGUGAAGAUGGGUACCUGUGGGGCCUGGACAACAUCAUCCAGCUUCUGGACAGCCUGGCCCUGAGCUGAGCCAGAGACUCACAGGGGGCAGGACUGAAUUGGGGGCUGCUCCCACCUUGGGAUUUAUUUAUUUGAAGGUAUUUAAGCUAUUAGACAGGAGCCCGGCAGAACCCAAAGGAAGAAAGGAAGGAGGGGAUGCUACUUGAAACGGACAUCCCAUUUCUGAUGACCCCUCCCAUUCUCAAUAGGGGGACCCAAGCUGUGGAACCAAAGGGGGCAGAGGAGCUGUCAGUGCCAGGGUGUGAUGGGCACAUGUAUGUUCAGCUCUGCUGAGAUCCUGUGACUUUGUAUGUGUGAGAUGCCAGGGCCCCAAGACGGGCUGCUUGCUGUGCUGUGGGGCAACCUGUGGGCAGAGGCCUCCCUCCUAAGGGCCUUUCACCAGUUGGGGGCCAGGGGGCAAAGAACCUCAGUGACGAUGUCAACACAAGAGAUUUCUAGGCUCUUCCUUACAUCCUGAACCACUGGUGGUGACAGUGGUGGAGGUGCUAUCUAACCUCCUUCUGGGCUCUGCCGCCAGCCCUCAGGGUUAACCCUUUGCCUUGUUCAUCCUACCAAAGGCCUGUCCUUCCUAGAUUGGAAUUGGAGGGAAAGAGGCUGGGGGUGGGAUGGACGAGGGCGUCUCCUAUACUCCCUGCACAGAAGAAGAGGGUGUGACCACUAUGGCCUAUAGUACAGAUUCCCAGGCCUUCAGCUCAGCCUUCAGCCAGAGUGGGGGCACACCAGCAGUGUCAGUACCAACCCUGACCCCCUUCUGAACACAAGAACCAAAGACUCCUCAGUCCACGGACCUGAAAGGGGAGAGAGGGUUUUGUCCCUUAUCUCCUUGAUCCCCAAGGAAGAGUUGGGGAGGGCCUGGAUUUACCCAGGAGUUUGACAGGGCCUUAGGGGCUGAUCCAGUCCAACUCCCAUUUUCCUUCCAAUGGAGUUAUGGGAAGGGGUAGAGCUGGGGGUUCAACCCCCACUGCUAUCUUUUCACUACAUACCGGCUGCCUCCCCAGAGUCUAGCCUUAAUGAAUCCUCCCACCCCCCGGCCUAGGGGGAGAUGGAGAGAGGACAAGGGGUAUAUGUUCUUCCUACUUAUUUAUAGAGGGGGGGCUGGUGCUGGAAAGGAUGGGAUGAGGCAGGGGCCUCUCUAGUCCCUUAAAUAAAGUGACAUGGUUUUCCACA